CGCUGCCCGCCCGCCCGCGCCCCGACGGGGAGCACUCGCCCGCCCCGGGCCGGCCGACCCGAGCCCCCGCCCUCCACUCCAGCCCGGCCCACGGACCAGAUCGCAGGGAGACACAUUCCGCCGCGCGCGCGCCUCUCACGGUCCUUCCUCCCAGCGCGCGCCCUCGCCCCCCUCCCCCAACUCCGGCUCCGUCGAUUCUCCUCUUCCUCCUCUGGGGCCCGGCCUAGCGGAGCCCGUCCUGACCCGGUCACGAGGGCGGACGGCACAGCCCGGACUUCUCCCUGCCCGCCCUCCCUCCCCGAGGGCCCGUCGCGGCUGCGCCAGGCAGGAGCCGCGCAGAGAUGCUCCUGUCCUCUCGGGCGUCCUCAGUCCCCGCCACCUGCUCGCCUGGGAAGAGGACACGCAGAGGAGCAGCUGGUACACCCGGGGUCCCCCGGCCUUGACCCAAGCAUGCAGGCCCCAGCCCGCAGCCUCCCAGCUGCGCUCAGCCUGGAUGACUUCAUCCCCAGCCACCUCCGGGCCCAUGUAGGGUCAUCCCCCCGGGGGACACGGGUGCCCGUGAUCCGGAAUGGUGGCUCCAACACCCUUAAUUUCCAGUUCCAUGACCCUGCGCCCAGGACCGUGUGCAAUGGGUACUUCCCACCGAGGAGAGAUGCUUCCAGGCACCCAGACCCUACCUGGUAUCAGACCUGGCCAGGUCCUGGGAGCCGGCCUUCUGAGAACCAGAAGACCCCUGCCUCCCAGCAUCCCCAGAACUGGUUAGCCACGUGGACCAAGGAUAGCAAACGUCUGAACAAGCGCUGGGUCAAGUAUGAGGGAAUCGGGCCUGUGGAUGAGAGCGGCAUGCCUAUUGCACCCCGAUCUAGUGUUGACAGCCCCAGGGACUGGUACCGGAGAAUGUUCCAGCAGAUUCACCGGAAAAUGCCGGACUUGCAGCUGGACCGGACCUUCAAGGAAGCACCCAAAGUGGCUUCUUCCUGUGCCACCUCAGCAGACUCAAGGCAUCCAGGGCCCCAGCACAGACCUGCUGCCAGGCCAGGCCAGACGUCGUCUCUGAGCGGAAGAAGCUGGGAUGUCUCUGAAGAGUUUCUUAGAAACACCUUCAAUUUCAAUGCUGGAGCAUCCUCCUCCCUGCACCAGACCCCAAAUCAGGUGUCCAGACACCGAGAGAAAGCAGACAAUGUCUGGACGGAAGAAUCUUGGAACCAGUUUCUGCAAGAACUAGAGACUGGGAAGAAGCCCAAGAAACCACUGGUAGAUGACCCUGUUGAGAAGCCUCCCCAGCCCAUCGAGGUCCUGCUGGAGAGGGAGCUGGCCAAGCUGAGCGCCGAGCUGGACAAGGACCUGCGUGCCAUUGAGACCGGGCAGCCGUCCCCCAAGAGCUCGCAGGCGCCCCGACGGCCCCGGGAGCCGCGGCCCCCCGCGCGCCCGGCCUCCGCCUGGAGCUCCAGUUCCCCGAAUGCACUUUACCAGGGUUCCUCCCUGAGCGCCCACAGGAUGGCGGACGGAGGAAGCCCCUUCCUAGGUCGGAGGGACUUCGACUACCCUCCCUCAACCCGAGACCCUAGUGCCUCUGAACCAGGGGGCAGCCCAGCCAGGAAGGAAGAGAAGAAGAGGAAGGCCGCCCGGCUCAAGUUUGACUUCCAGGCACAGUCCCCUAAGGAGCUGACUCUAAAGAAGGGUGACAUUGUCUACAUCCACAAGGAGGUGGACAAAAACUGGCUGGAGGGGGAGCACCACGGCCGGCUGGGCAUCUUCCCUGCUAAUUACGUGGAGGUGCUGCCUGCAGAUGAGAUCCCCAAGCCCAUCAAGCCUCCGACCUACCAGGUGCUAGAGUAUGGAGAAGCUGUGGCCCAGUACAACUUCAAGGGGGAUCUGGAGGUGGAGCUUUCCUUCCGAAAGGGGGAGCGCAUCUGCCUGAUCCGCAAGGUGAACGAGCACUGGUACGAGGGUCGCAUCUCAGGCACCGGGCGCCAGGGCAUCUUCCCUGCCAGCUACGUGCAGGUGACCCGGGAGCCCCGGCUUCGGGUCUGCGACGACAGCCCCCAGCUCCCUGCGUCUCCCCGCCUGACCACUGCCCGCCUGGCCCAUCACCCCAGCUCCCCAUUAAUGCCGCGCAGCCCAUUUGACCCCACCGACUGGGGGGGCCGGACCUCCCCCCGCCGCACUGGCUUCUCCUUCCCCACCCAGGAGCCCAGACCCCAGACCCAGAGUCUCAGCACCCCUGGGUCAGCUCUGUCCCAUCCUGGAGGCUCCAGCCGUCCCCUGGAGCUGGGGACCUCGUCCCCCAACACCACUCAGAUACACUGGACCCUGUACCGGGCGAUGUACCAGUACAGGCCCCAGAAUGAGGAUGAGCUGGAGCUGCGGGAGGGGGAUUGGGUGGAUGUCAUGCAGCAGUGUGACGACGGCUGGUUUGUAGGUGUCUCCCGGAGGACCCAGAAAUUUGGGACAUUCCCUGGAAAUUACGUAGCCCCGGUGUGAAUGGUCUCCGUGGCAACUCAGAGCCCAGCCAGGAUGGGAUGGGGAGCAGAGAACUUACGCGCAGGAGAGAGGUCGCCCCCCCAUCCUCCUCCCCCAGGACCUGAGCCGCUGGCAUCUGCAGACAGCCUCAGCAGCCUUUGCCACGGAACCUCCCUCGAAGCCCCCUGGACUGAUUCCCACCCACAAUUCACAAGCAUUCCUCUAACAGCCCUUUUAUUUCCUCCGCUACCCCACUCCCCAAAUAUAGAGGUCUGCUUUGAAGUGGAGACUAUUUCCAGGCCCUUAUUGAGACCAGACCCCCGCGUCCGCCACCCCACCCUGCUAUGGCGUUUCCUCUAACAGGGGCCCGCUCCCAGCUUCACCCCCAUGGGGUUCCUCUAACAAGGACCAGCUUCCUAACCUAAUAGAGACCAAAGGCCGUCUUCGCCUGGAAGGGAUUCCUCCCCUUUCACUCCAGCUUGCCUGCCGUCCCCUUUGCCUUCCUGCCUCCAGCUGGGCCUGGGAGUGAGAUGGGGGAUGGACACAGCACUUCCUUAGCAUUCGAGGCCUGGCAAGAGGUCUUGCCCAAGGCUCCCUCUUCCCACAGGCUGCCGAGCCCUGGGCCUGGGUCCUGCUUAUCCUCCUGCUGCUGUAGCGCCCAGGAAGGGUGGGGCCUCCGAGGACUGGCCUGUCCCAGAUGUAUUCCAGGGAGACUGAUGUGUGCUGUCCUCCUGCCGGCCCAGCGGCCCCCAACCCCCAAGUCCCCUGUGGAAGAGAAUGUAAAAUAAAUCUGGCUGU